UACAAGGGAACUUCCUAACAGAAUAAUCAGUCUUUCCUCCUUGGAAUAAGAAUAAUCAUGUUCAAAGACUGUGCUUGCUUACUCUGGAAAGAAAGAGUGCAGCUUCUUUCUUUUUUUCACGGGAACACUUGCCUCAUUCGGUUGCCAAAGCAUAAGUAGCACUUUAUUCAAUGGAAGCAAAAGCAUAGUAUCUACAAAUCUUUUGUCUUUGGAAAAAGCUGGGAUUUGUGUGUUUUAUUCCAUCGCAACAAGAUACCCAUAAGCUGGCGCCCCCACCUACCUUGCAGCGUGCACAAGUUUGGAAGGGUCAUCGUUCCUUACUUUGCAGCGUGCAUGAUGAGCAAGCAUUCGCCCCAGAGAUGCUGAGCUACCUACAAUCUAGCACGAACUGGAACUCGUCCAAAGAAAAUCAAGGCACUAGAGAACACAGCAACCAGUUGAUCAUUUACCUCCGGAACGAGUUAGUGACGGAGAUGGCCGCUGGCAGCGCCCAGAGCGCCGUCGACUCGCUGGUGGGCCGCCUCACGUUGGCUCUCCUCGACGAGGCGCAGCUGCUGAGCGGCGUGAGCGGCGACGUGGAGUUCAUCAAGCGCGAGAUGGAGAGCAUGAGCGGCCUCCUCCUGGACGUGUCGGACGCGUCCGGGCGGCAGCACCCCAGCAACCAGGUCCGGGCGUGGAUGAGGCAGGUCCAGGAGCUCGCUUACGACUCCCAGAGCUGCGUCGACCGCUACGUGCAGAACUUUGGGGGUGCCUCCGCGCCCACGGGUGUCCUCGCCACCCUUUGGCGGGCGCCGCGGACGGUGCUGGCCCGCCGCCGCAUCGCCAAGCAGAUCCGGGAGCUCAAGGCCCGGGCGGUCGAAGUGGGCGAGUGGAGGCAGAGGUACGGGGUCAUGUUCCCCGACAAGCUGCCACCACGUUAAGAGGCGGGCAGCAGGGACGGCGCUGACGAGGAGGCAGACAGCAAGAAGGCGGCAUCGAGGCGCCGCGCAUUGGAUGAGGCCUUUGUGCUGCUUGAUGCAGACGUGCCGGUGGAGGCGGCUCUCAGAUGGUGCCUGAUGGGGAAGCAGUUGUCGGAGCCUGAGCCCGGUUCCGGCAACUUUCUGUAUGACUCCGGGUACGCACAAGUGAACUACUUGCUGUACCACUUAGCCAACGAACUCUUCAACAUGGUGGAGCUGUACGAGUGGCUCAAGGGGAUGGGUGAUGGCCGCCGUCCAAACGAUGAAGGCAAUAAGUGGAUGAGCACCGCAUGGCUGUGGCUGCUCAAUGACAAGAUCAAUACCAUCGGCAACAUGAUCCAUGGGAAAACCCGCCUGUUGGACCGCUGGAUUGAGAGCAAGACAUGGCCGUUCCUCAACAGGAUGAAGUGGCUGAAGCAGAACAUAUCUGUGGGAACGCCCCAUGGCCGCCAGCUAUCUCCCUCCAACAGCCAGCAGGACGACCAUAAGCUUAAACUGGACCAUGCCAGGGAGACGAUGCGGUGGAUGAAGCGGGUAUUCGGCGAUCAUCAUCCACAUGGGCAAGGGCUUAGAGUCCUCUUUGUGCUCUCACGACCAGCAGUUGAAGGAGGCCUUAGUCCGCGCGACAACUUCUCCGCCAAAGAACUAGGGAGGAGAGCCUACAGCCAUCCUCUGGCGGUAGAGAAGUUCGAGAGCCGGGUGUGCAUCGACGCCAACAUCUACACACAGCGCAAGGAGAGGCUUCAUAGGCUACUUGAUGGUUUGCUCCCCAACAGUCCCGCUGGAGGCGCUGACCUGCUCAGCCUCAGCGAGGCAGAGCUGGAGAGCAAGAUUCAGCAGCACCUGCGAGGAAGAAAAUUCUUGAUUGUCCUCAACGAUCCUCAUGACGAUUCAGCAUGGGAGCACAUAAGGCAAGCUUUGCCUGCUCCAAGUGAUGGCUUCUCAGAUGGCAGUGCUGUUAUCGUGACCCCAUCAAUGGAGCACCAGGAAGACAGGGCUGACGGGUGGAUCACCGCCAGAAUGCUCUUCUCGCAUUACCCUGGAACCCUUCCGUACAAAGUGUAUGUCUGCUCUCUUGACACUGAAGCUCUGCGCAAGAAAGUUUCCGAGCUGUGCGAUCCGAACUUGGCUGGCACUGUAAGCAAGGUCCUGAUGAAAUGCCGCUCGGACUCAUUUUCCACCAAGAUGGUGUUCCAUGCUCUGCAUGCAGAUCCUCACAGAAGCAAGGGAGAAUGGGAGAAAUUACUGUCCAGCCUAGAUGAUUUUUCCACGGUGAGUAAUGCCAGGCAUAUCAUAAGGUUCAGCUAUGACGGCCUGCCCAGCAGUUACAAGAGCUGCUUGCUGUACCUACGCAUCUUCCCCCCGGAUUGCAAAAUCAGGAGGACAAGUCUAGUUAGGCGAUGGGCUGCCGAACGCCUCAUCACCAAGAGAGGUGGGAUCAGUGCAAUUGAUGAAGCUGAUCAUUGCUUCCAAGAGCUCAUUGAUCGGCGCCUUGUUCUCCCUGGUGACAUCAACCCUCAAGGCAAAGCCAAGAGCUGCACAGUACAUGUUCCUGUCUUAUCCUUCAUUGCUAGGAUCACCGGCGAUGAUGAUCCCGCUGCUAGCAACUCUGAUCUGGUACCUGAACUGGCCCAUCACCUUUCCAUUCGCAACGGAAUCCAACUCAGCAGGAUGAAGAGAAAAGCGACACGUUCCAAUAAUUGCUGGAGAAUCCUCAACCCUUCCUCUACCACCGUGGAGUCAGAAGAUUCCAAACUGGACAUCCUAACACUUCUUAAUCUGCUGCCUGCAGCUCAACUUGGAUUGGUCAAAGUGCUGGACCUAUAAGGGUGCCCUGGCUUGAAAAAGCAGCACCUCAAGAACAUCUGCAACAAGAUAUUUCAGCUCAAGUAUCUAAGUCUAAGGAACACAGAUGUUAAUGAGCUGCCCAAGGAAAUUAACAAGCUCCAAGACUUGGAGACAUUUGACAUCAGGCAGACAAAGAUACAUGCCUUCCCUGCAAAAGCCAUUAUUCUCCGAAAGCUAGUGUGCCUUCUUGCCGGUCGCAUUGGUCCUCAAGGCAAGGGUGCCAUGGGAUCUGGUGAAGAAUCAUUUUCUACCCUUCGUAUCCUCAUGGAAUUGGGAGCAUGGAAAACAUAGAGAGACUAUCCCAUGUUGAAGUUUCUGAGACUGCUGAUGUGGAUGCCCUGAACAAUGUUGGCCGGUUGCAGAAGUUGAAGAAGCUAGGUAUUGUUAUCAAUGGCAAGCAAGAUUUCCUCGACUGUCUGCUUCAAGUAAUUGGCAAGCUAAACGAAGUCAUAUGCUCGUUUUCAAUCUGUAUCAAAGAUGGAACUGAGAUUACUGAGAUGAAAAGCUCAAAACUCCCGACCCCCAGAUCUCUUGCAAAACUUAACAUCAGUGGCAAGAUAAGUGGGUUGUCUACAUGGAUCAGCGAGCUUGAACAGCUUUCCAAGAUAACUCUAUCCCAUACCUUCUUGGAAGACAUUGAUAUACGGAUCCUAGGCAACCUUUUCAACUUGCGUUUCUUAAGGCUUGGGAGCGAGUCCUAUACCGACAAGAACCUAACAUUCAGGAAUGGAUUCAGUAAACUUGAGGUUCUUGUCAUUGAGAGCUCACAUAUUUCUGACAUCCAUUUUGAACAGAAAGCAGCUCCUAAGCUUGAGAAGAUUGUUUGGACGUCUACCGUUAACUGCAAAAUAGAAACUCUCGCAAUUGAGAAGCUUCCAAGCCUGAAAGAGAUUGAACUCAAUGGUGUCUGUGAGAGGAGUCGCGUAGAAAAAUCUGUGAGAGAAAAUCCAAAGAAUCCGAAGCUUAAAUAUAAUACAGAUCCAAUGUGUGAGGACACUUCUGCCAUGGAGUAGCAAUCAUUUCUGCUUUCAUGCAGUCAACAUGGAAUACAUGUUUGUGUGAGUGAGUACAUGUGUCCAUGGUUGUUUACUCCGGUUUUGUGCAUAUCUGUAAGCUUGACCAUAACAUUGUGUUUACUCUCCUGAGUUGGACCUGUUUGUUCAUGUAAUAAGCAGUAUAUGCAUGCAUGAAUGCUUGGUGCGCUGUGUUAA